AUGGCCAUCGCUCGUUCCGCUUGGACCUCCUUGGCCCGCGUUCAGGGCUCCAGCCUUCGUUCGCUCUCCACCUCGGCCGUCUCAAGGCAGCCUUCUCGUUUGCUCGCCGCCGCAGACAAGGCUUCCCCCCUCGCCUCCUCCUCGCGUCUCACCACCGAUCCUGCCGCGCUUACCGCCUUCAUCCCUUCCACCACCCGCAACGCUUCCUCCGAUGCCAAGCCGCAAGAGAUGACCGUUCGUGAUGCAUUGAACUCGGCCAUGGAAGAAGAGAUGCUCCGUGAUGAUAAAGUUUUUAUCCUCGGUGAAGAGGUCGCUCGUUACAACGGUGCUUACAAGAUCACCCGUGGUUUGCUCGACAAGUUUGGCGAGAAGCGUGUCAUCGAUACUCCCAUCACCGAGUCUGGUUUUGCUGGUUUGGCUGUCGGCGCCGCUCUUUCUGGCUUGCGUCCCAUCUGCGAGUUCAUGACCUUCAACUUUGCCAUGCAGGCAAUUGACCAGAUCAUCAACUCGGGUGCCAAGACUUACUACAUGUCCGGUGGUAAUGUUCCUUGUCCUGUCGUUUUCCGUGGUCCCAACGGUGCUGCCGCCGGUGUAGGUGCUCAGCAUUCCCAGGAUUACGCCGCUUGGUACGGUCAGAUUCCUGGCCUCAAGACCAUCUCCCCUUGGUCUGCUGAGGAUUGCCGUGGUUUGCUCAAGUCGGCUAUUCGUGAUCCCAACGCUGUCGUCUUUCUCGAAAACGAAAUCCUCUACGGCCAGUCCUUCCCCAUCUCCCAGGAAGCUCUCUCGGACGACUUUACAAUCCCCAUCGGCAAAGCCAAGAUCGAACGUCCUGGCAAGGACAUCACCAUUGUCUCUCACUCCAUCGGUAUGAACUACGCCAUGGAGGCUGCCGAAAUCCUCAAGAACCAAGAAGGCGUAGAGGCAGAAGUCAUCAACCUCCGAACCAUCGCUCCUAUGGAUGUCGAUACCAUCAUCGACUCGGUGAAAAAGACCAACCGUAUCGUUACCGUGGAGAGCGGCUUCCCUCAGUUCUCCGUCGGAGCCGAGAUCGCUGCGACUGUCAACGACUUUGCUUUCGACCACCUCGAUGCUCCUGUCGAGCGUGUGACGGGUGCCGCUGUGCCUACGCCAUACGCUCAGAACUUGGAGAAGCUCUCCUUCCCAGACACGGCCAUCGUUGUUCGCGCUGCUAAGCGUGCUCUUUACAAGUAA